UCGUGGCAGAAUAAGCUGCGUCGCGUCUGCAAGAAAAUACAGUGAUUCGCGGCAGCCGGUGUCUUCGCAAACAUACAACAAAUUUUGCGAGAGCCGUUGACUUUUCUUGUUCCUCGAGCCGGUCGUCGAAAAAUUUUGCUACUCAUCUCGAAAGUUUCUUUCAGUAGUUCAAGAUGAAGUCGGCUAAGGGUAUGUUUGGAUGUCUUCUGGUGGGUCUGCUGAUCGCGAUGACCCAAGCCGGUGGCCCGACCCUCGUGCUUCUCGAUAAUCUGGCUAUCAAGGAGACGCACUCGAUAUUUUUCAAGAUGCUACAAGGUAGUGGCUACACCUUGACUUUCAAACUUGCUGAUGAUGCCAACUUGGUUUUAUCAAAGUAUGGAGAACAUCUGUAUGAUCACCUGAUAAUUUUUGCUCCAACUGUGGAAGAAUUUGGGGGUAGUAUGAGUGUUGAAACAAUUACAGAUUUUAUAGAUGGAGGCGGUAACGUGCUAGUGGCUGGGUCUUCACAAACUGGUGAUGCUCUUAGAGAUUUAGCUUCUGAAAGUGGUUUUGAAAUUGACGAAGUAGGUACUAGUGUUAUAGAUCACAUGAACUACGAUGUAUCUGAUUAUGGUCGUCAUACCAAAAUUGUUGCUGAACCAUCCCAACUAAUUGAUGCUCCUGUGAUUGUUGGAGACAGAAAAGUAUCUCCUCUAUUGUAUCAAGGAACUGGACUCAUUGCUGAUCCAGAAAAUCCUUUAGUUUUAAAGUUACUUACUGCUUCAAGUUCUGCUUACUCUUAUCAUCCUGACAAGCCUGUUAAGGAUUAUCCACAUGCAGUUGGGAAAAAUACUUUACUUAUUGCUGCUUUACAAGCAAGAAAUAAUGCUAGAGUUGUAUUUUCUGGUUCCUUAUACUUCUUCAGUGAUGAAGCAUUUACUAGUCCUGUUCACAAAGUUCAAGGUGGAAAUAAACAUGAAGUGUCUGGAAAUCAAGCUGUUGCUGAAGCUAUUGCUAGGUGGGUUUUCAAAGAAAAUGGAGUCAUUAGAGUAUCGUUUGUGCACCAUCAUAAAAAAGGAGAAGCUGAGCCUCCUGUAGCAUACACAAUUAUGGAUGAUGUUGUAUAUUCAAUAAAUGUGGAACAACUUUCUGGAGAUAAAUGGGUACCAUUCGUUGCUGAGGACUUGCAAUUGGAAUUUGUGCGAAUAGAUCCAUUUGUUAGGCAGACCAUGAAACAUGUAGCUAAUGGACGUUAUGAAGCCAGAUUCAAAAUUCCUGAUGUUUAUGGAGUAUAUCAAUUUAAGGUUGAUUACACUCGUAUAGGUCUUACACACUUAUACAGUACAACACAAGUAUCAGUUAGGCCAUUACAGCACACUCAAUAUGAGCGUUUUAUCCCAAGCGCAUAUCCAUACUACAUCAGUGCCUUUUCUAUGAUGUUUGGAGUGUUUCUCUUUUCUAUUGUUUUCUUGCACUUUAAAGAUGACACAAAAUCCAAAGUUGAGUGAAAAACUCAAAAAGCACAAAUAAUUCAAUGGAAUUACAAAACUCUUACUAUCAUAGUUCAACUGUGAUUCAUUAAUAUUUAACUUGUGAGAAAGCAGACAAUUGUAUACAAGUGCAUUUAGAAUGUGUGAAUAAUCAUCAUAAUUAUUUAUAAUGAUUUGUGGUACUCUUUCACUUUUCUCCAGCUUUAUUUUUUGUACAUAUCGUAUAAAUAAAUAACAUAUGAU